CGCAUGCGCACAAGGGGGUCGGGUUUGUUUAGCAUCACCAAAUGCUUUGUUUUUCUGCUCGGAUGAAAUGGAGUUGACGACCCAACACCGAUAGCGGUGACGCAAACCGUUUCUCAGGUGCAGGCUGACUUGUGCUGCUGAAAUCUAAGUCAAUUUAGAUAGCAGCUAGAGGAAGACAAACUCAUGGGGAAUACAAGCAGCGAGAGGGCUGCCAUGGGCCAGGGGGAGAAGGCCCAGAGGAGGGACAGCCGGGGUACCAAGGAGGGAGAGAGGCCAAAAAUCCUGAUGGAUAGCCCGGAGGAUGCGGAUAUUUUUCAUGGAGAAGACCUGAAGGCUCCCUUAGAGAAAGAAGAGUUCCUUGCAUGGCAGCAAGACUUAGAAGCAGAAGAUAAAGGGCCGACUUUAGACCGACCAACAGUUUUUCGCUGGACUGGCGAUGGAAAAGAGGUGUACCUCUCUGGAUCUUUCAACAACUGGGCCAACAAAAUUCCCCUUAUUAGAAGUCAGAACACCUUUGUGGCAAUUGUUGACCUGCCGGAAGGGGAGCAUCAGUACAAAUUUUAUGUAGACGGCCAGUGGACCCACGACCCAGCUGAGCCUGUUAUAACCAGCCAGCUAGGCACAGUCAACAAUAUCAUCCAGGUGAAGAAAACUGACUUUGAGGUGUUUGACGCACUAAUGGUGGACUCGCAGAAAUGCUCAGACAUGUCAGACCUCUCCAGCUCUCCUCCCGGGCCAUAUCAUCAGGACGCUUAUGUAGCCAAACAGGAAGAGAAGUUUAAGUCUCCACCCAUACUCCCACCUCACCUCCUACAGGUCAUCCUCAACAAAGACACCGGGAUUUCUUGUGACCCUGCAUUACUCCCAGAACCCAACCAUGUCAUGCUCAACCACCUCUAUGCUCUUUCCAUUAAGGAUGGAGUGAUGGUGCUCAGCGCGACACACCGCUACAAGAAGAAAUAUGUCACCACUUUGCUAUAUAAGCCCAUCUGAUUGAAGACUGUCUUUUUAAUUCUAACCCAGUGUGUUUACUGUACACUGAGUGUUCAAAAUAUUAGCUCCAUGUGUUAGGUUUUUUUUUUUUUGAGAGAGACGAGGUGGGGUCAGUCUCUCAGGUUUCAUCCGUUAAAUCCAUCCUGACUUCAAGAAGCAGCUCUGAACAAGGUGGAGAAAUAAUUACUCGCAGAAUUAAGUUUGUAGAACUUGAACUUAAUUGCUAGCAAAAUUCAAGAUUGGUGUUUACUACAUGCUUUACACAGAUGGAGUGUAAGCAAAAUAUAAAGUAGAAAUUAAGUGAUAAAAUGAACCUAAACAGAUUAAUCAUUUCUAAGGAUGCUUGUAUACAUCUGAGGUUAUUUAAGUGAUGACAUUCCUUUAACUAUUCUGAACCUUGAACACACAGAGCCUAGAAAGUACAACUUUAGAGACUUCUGUUCUUUCCCAAAACUUUUAAAAAGCCCACAGCCACUUGCAUGAUAAUCUUAUAUCAACCUAAAGUUUAUACAAGGUUAACAGCUCUUAGACUAUAUCUUGUACACUCUUUGUAUAUCCAGUAAUUGCACACAUAUCUUUAGGAUGGUAAAUGCCACAGUCACUCCAGUCCUACAUAAUCUGCCUUUAUAUGUUCACUGACUGCCCUCAGUUUUCAACAACACUACCUUUGCUGAGUAGAAUACAAAGACAAUAAUAACGGGGUAGAACCCUGACAUGUCUGUAAUCAAAACAGACAAAUGUAUGGAAAUGACUAGUAAUGCUAGGAAAAGAAAGAUCUCAGAUAAAUAAAAACUGCUGUCGCCUUUCGCAUUGUUCAGAAGGCAACAGUAGUUCAAUCAAGAAUAUGAAUGUUGAAGUCAAAGAAGGAAACAAUGCACUGUAGUAGCUUUCCACUGAUUUUUAUUUUGCCGUUAAUGUUGAAACUGAUUAAAUUUAUUUAGCGGCGAUCACACAGUGCACAGUAGAUAUCUUCUAUGAAGUAUUUAGUAACUUAUAUAAAUAUAUAUCUUUUUCUACAUUAGUUGAUGUUGUUUGUUUUGUCGUCACAUAUUGUCUUUAUGAAGUUAGUUGCGGUGUUCCGGCAAGAACAUUCCAGUCAAGACAAGAGCAGAUAGUUUAUUUUUUUAAAUGUAGGGUAUGUACACUUGCAGUACGACAGUGUAUCAGAAGAAUAAUGAGUACCUUUUUGAAGAUUUAGGCAGGUUUACAUCUAACAUUUUCUCUUCAUUUAUACUUGCCUGGGAACCUCCCGAUUCAGAAUGCCCAUGUUUUAUUUGCCUUGGCAGAUGCAUUUGCCCCACCCUCUUGUUCAAACAGAUUUCCACCUUUCGUUGCCCGCGCCAGUGCAGUCACACUGAUUUAUCUAAAUAUGGGGCAGGUUUGAUACAAUCACUGUAUAGAAGAGUGCUGUUGAUGCAGCCACUAAAGUGAAAUGUGCUUUUGAAUUUGCUAUCAUAGUUUUAAGAUAGCUGGACAGUAUAUUUUCUCUACUAGAAGAACAAACAACUGCACUUAAAGGCCGGUUACAUUUCGGUGGCACUGUCAAACAUUUCAUUGCUCUUAUUGGUUGAAAGUCUAUCAAAUUGUGUCCAGAGACAUUUUAACACUCCGUUUAAAUCAGAAAUGAGGAAGGUUCAAGACUAAUACGCAUUUGUCUGUUCAAAAUAAUGCAUUAAAUUAAGAAUUACUCCUGAGGGCUGUACAACGAAGCAAGAUUAGUGGGUUAGCGAGGUAUGUUGACCUUAAAGCCGGAGUUUUCAGUGUCACGAAGGUGGCUCUCUUUUAACCUGGCAAGAUCACCAUGGUAACUGUGAUACUGUUGAGCUAAGAGAUGAUUCUCUAUGAGCAAAAAAAAAAAAAAAAAAGAUUCUUAGUUGAGAGAAUAUGUUAAAUCUGCACACCUGUUGAGCUGUACGUUACUAAUCCUGCUGAACGAAGCUAUGGAGUUACAGUAUCACAUACUGUUGUCAUGGGAACCUAGAUGCACUCAGUUGGUGAUACAGAAAAUACGUAGAUAUGUUUUUAUAAUUGGUCCUCAUUUUCUUCCAAGAUAUUUAACAGUGCUGGUAUUGCAGCUAGUAGAACACAGAUUCGAAAACUGAUUAUUGUGUUUGUAUUUAUUACAGAAAAUAUUAACUCAGUAACAUUAAUUUCACUGAUGUGGCCUAAAGCUCAGAUAAUAUCCUGCAUUAUGGGACAGUGUCAGACCUAAAUGUACUUCUAUACAACAUCGUGUUAAAAUGUUUGAAGUUUAAAGUUUAACACCUCCUAAAGCUGUCACUUCAGAAAUAAGCAGCUGCACUGGUUGGUAAGAAUAAAUAUAAUAACAUGAGAUUAACAGUUUUCUACCAGCAUUCCUCUCUUACAUUGCUUGAAGUAGCAGUGCUUUUUACCAUCAUAAAUUUAUACAUUCCGAGUGGUUCUCCUAGUUACAACCUGUUGACUAAGGUAGGCGGCACAUCGGUCCAUUUUAAGAGAAAGAAGGAUCUCAUGACAAGUUAAAUGUCACAGAGUCUGAAGUAGAAAGCCUGAAACUUACAAGUCAAGUUAGUAGCCACUGUUGUGACACCUGCUAUCUGUGAUUGGGGUUUUGGGUUUUGUCAAGCUGGAUUACACAAAGAAAGCCUGGCUAUGUUGAACUUGCUUCACAGUACGGCCCUCUGAUAGUUGAUCACUGCUGACUUUGUUAAAACAACAUUGUUUAUUUGUACUAUUGAACAUUGCAAAUUUUCAGUAACACAACCACUUCAGAUCAUGUUGAUUUAAACAUACUUGAAGGUGAAAUAAUAAAUGAAACAGCACUUAGGAGGGGGCCAGCCUAUGAUUGUGUGAUAGACUGACACUAUUUCUGAGGAUUUAUUUUGUCUGUACUGUUUAAGGUCAGUGUAGAUUUCAUGAAGUCUAAAGGACUGGAAUGUGUUUUAAGUUAAAUGUACAACUUCUGCAAACAUCAGUGUAUCCUUGCUAAAUUAUGGUAUCCACAGUGGGUAUGAUUGCCACAAACAAAUGAGACAAUGAUGUUAAUUAUUUUAAUUCUACAUAAUGAUAUAGGCCAGUAGAGGCCGAGUCCUCAUUCGUUUGUGUUAACUUUGCAGUUGCCUAAGAGCUAACAUGGUAAUUAUUUAUUGAUGUUAGGAUGCUAGACAUUCAAAUAAAUUGCAUUAUCUUUAAGCAUGUUGUUGACCCUUUCAACCACAUUUUCCAUUUUGAGACAUAUUUGUAUUUAAAGUUAAGGUACAAAUUAAUAUGCAUUUUUUAUGGAUUGUUUUAUUGUGUCUAUUAACAGUCAUCAUACAAAAUCUACAUAUGUUACUUCACUGUCACCUGAAGACAUACAAUCUCGGACAGAAAUUUAGUCAGUUUUGCUUAUUUUGCCAUAUUUUGCUGUUUUAAAUUUAAAAUUCCACUGCUGAAUCUGAUUGACAGCACUCCAGGGUAAUGCUGAUACAUCUGCAUGGACAAUGAAUUUCAAAGCAGCUUUUUCUCAAUGAAUUUGUAAUUGUGACCAUGUUUUACACACUUGAAAACACAUCUCUAGCAUCCUUUACAUAUAAGGUUUUAUGCAUUUUUUUAACCUAUCUUUCUUUUUUGUAUUUAUUAAGCCGGAUGAGCCAAAAUAAAAAAACAACAUGCUGGAAAAAUC